AUGACAAGUGCUGGCAACUGGAACCGCGAAAACACCAAACCCAAAAACUACAAUGCCGAUCUGUCCAUCAAGCAAGCGGCUCGUAUCUUGGUUCUGGGCAGCCGGGACGACCCUACCAUGGUUCGUGUCUUUGAGGACGAAACCAAAUUGCCGGAUCAGACUACCAUUGUCGGUGUAGGCACGAAACGAGACGAUUUCGAUUGGGAUGCGUUACGACGGGAACCACCCACAGUGAUCCUCGUGACGACCAAGGGGAUAAAAGACUUGCUGGCGGAACUGCUGACCACACCGGAAUUCGCCUCGUCCAUUCAAUGGGUCCAUGCCAAGUCUGCCGGAAUCGAACACUGUACAUCUCCCGCAUUGGCUGCCUCUACCGUCGUCAUGAGCAAUGCCAAAGGACACUUUUCGUCCACACUGGCAGAGUAUGGCAUGAUGGCCUGCAGCUACUUUGCCAAAGAUCUGCCUCGUCUACUGCAACAACAACAAGAUUCCAACUGGGAAAAAUACAGCAUUCUGGAAUUGCGGGGAGCUACCAUGGGGAUUGUUGGAUACGGUGACAUUGGUCGUGCCACUGCCAAACUAGCCCAUGCUUAUGGGAUGAAAGUGAUUGCUCUCAAACGACGACGUGUUCUGGACGACGACAAGGAUGCCUAUUGCGAGAAAAUAUACUGUGCGUCGCAGGAUCCCACUGCUUUGAAUACUGUUUGCGCCGAAAGCGAUUACAUUUACGUGGCAGCACCGCUGACACCAGAAACCGAAGGAUUGAUUGGAAAAGACCAACUAGCUGUCAUGAAAAGCAAUGCUGUUCUGAUCAAUGUAGGGCGAGGUCCCGUGCUGGAUGAAAAGGCAGUUAUUGAUGCCUUGACAAUGGGGAGAAUAAAGGGUGCUGCCUUGGAUGUCUUUGAACAGGAACCACUUCCAGCAGAUAGUCCCUUGUGGAAACUCAAGAAUGUUUUGCUGAGUCCUCACAACAUGGACCAGACAGAUUCGUUCCAGCAUGAGGCCACAGACUUCUUUCUGGACGAGAAUCUACCGAGGUUUUUGCGAGGACUGCCGCUCUACAACGUAGUUGACAAAGCAGCGGGAUACUAG